GUAAGCUUCGAGGAGGAAAACGUAAUUAUGUCUUGUGAAUCCGCGCUAGAACGAAUAUGGGGGGGGGAGAGACGCCAUGGCGUUGUUUACAUCCCGGGGCCCAGUAGCAGGUCCCAGCCUCUUCCUUCUCGGGUGAUUUCUAGAGUAAAUAAUUGAGAGAAGACUACAAGUGUGUCCCAUCCCUGAAUUGGGAGUUCCCUGCUUUGUGCUUUAAGUCAGGCCAACAGGUUGAGACUCAAGCUGUUUUGGUCAGGACUUGAGGAUGUUGACCAGAGUCCGCUAAUAUCCUUCAAUAUUUAGUGUUACAGACACCUGCUCCAAGUGAUACGCCAUGACAGAAGUGUUCCGGUUCGGCCUCGUGCCCAUCGCUUGUCGUGCCCGGAAUGAGGACCGCAGCCGUGAGUACCGACCUAUAUGAAGUUAAAUAGCACUUGCCUGGCAGAAGUGGCAUUGAGUCUCAACAACAAUGAAGUGAAUAUAUAUGGCAGAGCUGCAUCAGAGUGGAAGCUUCAGGAAACACUCCAGGGUCAUGAUCUGCGUGUCACAGGCAUUGACUGGGCUCCCAGCACCAAUCGCAUUGUUACAUGUGGAGCAAACGAAUAUACAUCCCAGCCGGGGGGGGAGAGACGCCAUGGCAUUGUUUACAUCCCGGGGCCCAGUAGCAGGUCCCAGCCUCUUCCUUCUCGGGUGAUUUCUAGAGUAAAUAAUUGAGAGAAGACUACAAGUGUGUCCCAUCCCUGAAUUGGAAGUUCCCUGCUUUGUGCUUUGUUACACAUGUAUAUAUA